CUUGGGUCAAGCCGAGAAGUUUCUCAAGCAGUGCUUGAUACUACCCUUUGCUUUGCAUUCAAAAGGGUAGAUGCUAUGCUGUACAUAUCAAAUUUUGAUUCUGAGGUUGACUACCUCAAAAAGUCAUUUGAAACUCUGGAGGCUGCUUGUGAAGAGUUGAGAAGUAAUAGAAUGUUCUUAAAGCUUCUGGAAGCAGUGCUGAAGACUGGUAACCGCAUGAAUGUUGGGACAAUCGGGGUGAUGCACAUGCGUUUCAAACUAGAUACCCUCCUAAAGCUAGUAGAUGUGAAGGGAGGUGGGAAAACAACCCUCUUGCAUUUUGUGGUACAGGAGAUCAUAAGAAGUGAAGGUGCUCGUCUUUCUGGUGGAGAUCAAGAUCAACAGUCGGCCAUGAAUGAUGACGUCAAGUGCCGGAAGCUUGGCCUCCUUGUUUCAAACCUUAGUUCAGAGGUUGUAAAUGUUAAGAAAGCUGCUGCUAUGGAUUCAGAAGUGCUUCAUAGUGAGGUCUUAAAGCUUUCUAAAGGGAUUGGAAACAUUGCUGAAGUUGUCCGAUCAAUUGAAGCAGUUGGCUUGAAGGAAAGCAGCAUAGAAAGAUUUUCAGAGUCUAUGAGAAGGUUUAUGAAAAUGGCAGAAGAGGAGAUCAUAAGGCUCCAAGCUCUAGAAAGUGUUGCCAUCUUGGUGAAAGAAAUAACUGAAUACUUCCAUGGAAAUUCAGCGAGAGAAGAGGCUCACUUUAGGAUCUUUAUGGUGGUAAGAGACUUCCUAAUGGUUCUUGAUCGCGUUUGCAAAGAAGUUGGAAUGAUAAAUGAACGUACAAUAGUCAGUUCUGCCCACAAGUUUCCAGUUCCAGUAAAUCCAAAUCUACAGCCUGCCAUUAGCGGGUUAGCAGCAAAAUGGCAGCAUAGUUCAUCGGACGAGGAUAGUUCAUCCGCUCAUUAGCAACAUUAGCUUAUAGCAGGCAGAACCCUAGUUUUUGUUUUUGG